AUAUUGUAAAUAGUAAUGCGAAGUGUGCAUCGAUAUCUGUCGACAGGCCAGCUGCAGCCGUUGGGUCUAUAUAAAGCGGAGCUAGGCCAAAGACUGGAACACAAGACACGAAUCGAAAUGUUUGUGAAGACCUCAAUUGUAGUGCUCAGCUCGCUGCUGGCCUUGGCCAAUGGAGCUGUACGACCCUUGGGCCUGGAGCCGCAGCUGGAUGGACGCAUUGUGGGCGGCUCACCGGCUGCACUUGGCGCGCAUCCUUGGCAGGUUUCGCUGCAGCGCUCGGGCGCCCACUACUGUGGCGGCAGCCUAAUUGGGCAAAAUCUGGUUGUAACCGCCGCCCACUGUCUGCUCAAGGAUGGCCUCACUGUGGCCAAUUUGCGCAUUAGAGCUGGCUCCACGGCCAAGUACUCUGGCGGCAUUCUCGCCAGCGUCACGGCCUAUAAGGCGCACAGCGGAUACGACGCGAGUGCCAAAAUGAACGACAUUGGUUUGGUCAGAUUGAAGACGAAGCUGACAUUGAGCAGGACCAUCAAUACGAUUGGCUUGGCCAGCAGCACGCCGCAACAUGGCGCCGCUGCCACCUGCUCCGGCUGGGGCUCCACCAAAUACCAGGGCACCAAUUCCGCAGUUCUGCUCUAUAUCAAUACCAGCAUUGUGGGCCGCUCGGAGUGCGCCAGUGGCAGCUAUAGCUAUGGCUCCAAGAUCAAGCAGACUAUGAUCUGUGCCUCGGCGAACAACAAGGAUGCCUGCCAGGGCGACUCCGGCGGACCCCUUGUAUCCGGCGGCAAGCUGGUCGGCAUCGUUUCAUGGGGCACAAACUGCGCCCAGCCCAAAUAUCCGGGCGUCUAUGCGAAUGUGGCGGAGCUACGCGAUUGGAUCAGCCAAACGGAGCAGACAAUUUAGCUUAAACAAAGCUGAUUUUAGAUUAAGCAAUUAAAUAUUCGGUAUUUAAGUGGUCAAAUCGUUCCGGACGGGUUUGAUGAUGACCUCUUAGCCGGAUGAUGUUGUAGCCAAGUGCUUAUUGAGCUGGGCUUAUAGUUUAUAACUAUAUCCUAGACUUGCAAUUAACCAAUAAAUUUAAGAGAGCAUUACCAAAACAG